AUGAGUCCAUCACCGAGCUCAGACGGCAGCGAAUACAAGGACAUCGUAGCUCGUAGAAGUGCCAGCGCGCGCCCCGGCAAGAAACGCUCGUGGUGGGAAGACCGCGAUGGUGAUCUCGACCGUUAUAUGCCAGUCAAGAAGGCAAGAACAGAGUCGGCGACAGGCUUUGGCUCCGUGGACAGCUACAUUCAUUCCCCGUUGUAUUCCCCAGUGUCGCCUGGCGACGGUGUUAGAAGCGUCUGCUCCGAUGAGGACAGCGAAGCUGCGGGGAAUCUGUUGACACGGUCGCGUGUUGAUGUCAACAAGGAAUUCAAUGAAAUCUUCGACGCGCUGACUGUGUUGGCGAACGACCGCUGCAUUGACUUGUUGUCAGGUUUUCUGGACGAACUCGAAAGGCUCAUGUUGCGUGUAGUCAGUUUGGUGGAGUUUGUUGGCGACCAUCGAGGACACCAAGAAAUGUAUUUUGCGUGCUUGGACAUGGCAGCACAAGCAGCAGCCCACCUGACGCGCACCCAAGGAACUUGGAUGGCGAAAGAGCAUGGUUUUACUCGCUACUAA